AUGACCAUCUUCCUUUCGUAUCACGAGAUACAUCGCCAGCAAAUCCCAUGCGCUAACCUUGCCCCUUCCCUCCUCGCAGACAUAGAUACCCUGCUCGACGACCAGAGCCUCGCAGCUGCCCAAUCCGUCAUUGCGGCUGAGAUACGGAGCGCAGGCAUCGACACCUCGGAACUCCACCCUGCCCUGAUCCCAGCCGCAAAAUACACACCUACCUUUUCCGACUUUGUCGAGCGAGAGCACGCAAGACUCGAUGACGACCCCUCCUCCAAGAUGAGCGGCAUCGAUCUCAAGCGCUACGAGGACCUUGAUGCGCCCGACAACACCACACCCACAACCGACCAAGACCGCCCCGAGUUACUCGAGCAGUGGAACAAAGCCCUCAAGCAAGCCUACACAAGCUCGGAAUACGUCCAGGGCCGUCUGACCCAACUCGGGCUGCUGGAAAAGUUUGGUAAGAAUGCUUGGCUCGUCGGGAAUUCGCAGUUGGAGGAUGUGCUCAAGGGGAUCGAGGCCGAGUUGGCGCAGGUGCGGGAGUGGCAGGAGCAGGUCGAGGCGUAUCGAAGGAGUCAGCAGGAAGCUGUCCUUGGCGAGAUCAAGACGCUGGAGGAGACGUGGAAGAAGGGUGUGGGACGCGUCCUGGAGACCGAGGUUGCCGCCGAGGCUUUGAAACAGCAGAUUCUGGACAAGAGAAGGGCGGGUGCCGUUUAG